AUGCUUGUUUUAGAAGGCGAACGUAUCAGCUGUGAGAGCUGCAUCCGUGGUCACAGAUCCUCCACUUGCUUGCAUAUCAAUAAAUGGUUAUACUCCAUCAACUGGAGAGGACGACCAGAGAAUUCUUCGGAGAACAUUAGGUUCAGAAUUCCUCCAGGUUGUAUUGUUAUUGCCACAGGUUCUGUGAGACUUGAGCCAAAGCCAGGGUCUAAAAGCACUUCAGGACGAGUUGUACCUGCAAAAUUCUUACAUCCAGCUUCUCCUUACACUUUUGCCCAUGUGAACUCCAAAGGUGGUUUUGCACUCAUCAGUUAUGAGCCCAUCUGGAGAGGUUCAGGCAUCAACAAUGCUGACAAGCCAAAGACGCCCGAUCAACAUUGGGUUUCAGUGAAGAGGGAUGACCUUGUGCCACCAAAAAUCUUGUGCAAAGAUUUGCUUGUCAGGGAUGGUAUUGGCUAUCAACUAAAUACGGUUUAUGAGCCACCUCAAUGCAUCAGCAUAGAGAGAACCAGCAUCAACACACAUUAUAAGUGUAAGAUUGUGGAUUUCCAUGAAGUUCCAUUUACAUUGAACAACAAUGGAGCCCAACCGAGUCUUCGAAGAGUUCAACCAUCAGUUGAGACAAAAGAUACAACUCAGCUACAGUUGGCUUUCCAACCACCAGCCCAAGCAGUCGGGGUAUCCCAAAUUCACCAACCACUUGAUGAGACAAAUAACGAUACACAAAAUACUUUCAACCAAGUAUUUGAUGAAGAUUUGAUUCUCUACAAUUCUUUGAUGAACGCUGCAAGUAUUGUUGACUUCAGUGGUGAGCAUGAGCAUUCAGCUUUCCCUAUUGAGUCAUCAGCUCCUCUCUUAGCAAAAGGCUUCGAAUCCAUUAAUGACUCAUGCUUUACUGCAGAGGGGACAAUUGAUCCCAGAACUUUGAAUAAAACCCAGAAACCAACAGAGCUGAGUUUAAGUAAUGACUGUUUGUCAUGGCCAAUGCAGGAAAAUUUGGUAAAUGAUCCUUCUUCCGAAAGAUCUGAAGUACCUGAUAUCUCUACUAAUGGUUUUGCAAGUACAGAGUUUAUGCCAGAAGUAUUUAACUGGCUGCAAAAUACACCUCAAACUGUUGUUCCACCAAACACAGUUGUUAAUGACUUCAACGUGGACCAUUUGUUUGAUUUUGAAAAUGCUGCUUUGCUGAAUACUUCGUCAUAUGCGUGUAUUAACAAAUCUGUUGAUCAUUCAGAAGGGGAUAGUACUUUGCUUGAGGAAUGUGCGACUGAUAACAAUGAAUUUCAAGAAGAUGGAAACAAAGAAACUCAAGCUGCUGAGCAUUAUUAUGCAGAUGGUCAUUUUGAUCUUGAUGAUGAAUUGACUGAUUGCAAUAAUGAAAGUGAAGCUAUACCAAGAUAUCGUCUGGCGAGAAAACAAGCUGAUGCCUUACUGCAGAAUCAUGAUGGCGAGCCGUCUGAUCAAACCCUUACUGAGCUCUCAACUGAAGAGGAGUUAGAACCCAUAAACGAUAAAUCAGAAGGGAACGAGAACUUUGGUUCGGAUGGAGAGGAGGACGACUACAAUGAACCCACGAAUGCUGAAUGGAUCGCAUCCGAUGUUGAAGAUGCUAAGCAAAUGCCUGGGCACAAUGACAAGUUUUCGCUCCGUAUGGAUGUGGAUUCAGCUGAGGGUAACUCAGAUAACGUGGCCAGCGAGGAAUCAACAACGUGUACUGAUCUAACUGAUCCUGAGUCGCAAUUCGCUUCACCCAAAUCAGAAACACGGGCACAUCAUCGACACCAAGUACCUGCUGACCUAAGCUCCGAAUGGUUUGAGUCUGAACAGGAUGGCUUACUCGGCUCAUUGCUCAGAAGCAACGUUCCUAUAUUUCAUAGUUUACUGUGUUCUCCUCACCAUGAAGGUGAGAGCGCAGAAUCGUUUUAA